AUGGGUGACAAGCCCGUUCUCACAGGCAUCGUGAAGAGACGACAACAGAUGUUGCGAUAUCAAUUGCAGCUGCUCCACUCCACCGCCGCCCACAACACGAUCGCCGAUGCCACAGGCGAAGCAGUUAAGAUGACCACAUCGGCCAACUACUUCGAGGGCAAUCACAGGAUGCAAUCCAACAGUUUCUGCGUGAAUACGAGGCGUGUAAGACGGAACUUGAGCUAUCACACAGACGGAGCACCUGACUUGGGUGCCGUUUGGGCAAAUCGUGCCCAGUGUUGGCUCAAAAUGGGUGAUCAUGAGAAGGCCUGUGCAGAUGCGGAGAAAUGCACGGAGGUCGAGCCGAUGAACCCAAAGGGCUGGUUCCGGAAGGGCAUCAGCCUCCAUGCAAUGCAACGCUACGCUGAAGCCAUUCCUGCUCUCCUUGAGGCUGAGAAGUUGGAGCCCUCCAACAAGCAGAUCCUGGAUGCGAUCAAGAUGGCCCAGCUCAUGGCCAGGAAGUCCGCCUGA